UCUAAAUCUUUAGUGCUGAAUGAACCUACACAUUGUCUCGGUCUGUAUGAUUCCAGUUUGAUAUCAGACUUAAGUGAACAUUGUAGAAGUUAAUUCUACACUGAUGGUGUUGAUGGUCUUUGAGCACUGAAACACUGUACAAGCCCAUUAACAGCCCCUUCCUCCAUUAGAGGUAGUUAGAGCAGGAAAACACGAACCUUUGCAGGACCAGGACUGAAAGCUACUGCUGUAGAUGCAGGUUUGACUAUAAGAACUGAUUCGAGUCCACGCGUUAAUUCAACACUGCCGUUACAAACGCAGCGCUAUGUUAGUUAAUCCGUUUCCAAUCCAUUUAUGGACUGUAUACUGACUAUGUAUGAUCCAUAUAUUAUGCAUAUAUGACCAAUAUUUGAUACUUAGAUAUAGGUACACUACAUAGGCCUAUAUGACCAUAUGCCUGACCCUUUAUGAUAUAUGUGCAUGUAUGGCUAUACAUCAGAUUCCCAUAUGAGGGGCUGAACCGGAGCGCGUUACGUAACGCGAGCGCCGCGUGGAAAAGUCCGCGGAGGUUAAAUGAUCUUUAGUGAAACACAGAAGCGCUUUCCGCUCCCAACACCCGCCCAGGAGCCUGAUAGUGAUCGCGGCCCCGGGAUCCGUGCUGGGGGAAAGAUCCUGAGAUAAAGAGCAGCUGAUCUGUUCUUCUGGACGGACUCCUGAUUUUAUCACGUGCUUUAAAACACUCACUGUAAUGAAAACCGCGGGCGAGAAGUCUAUUGUCUUAGCAAAAUUACUAAGUGGUCUAAUAUACCGAGGCUGGUCCAGGCACGGACAGGUCGCCCAUGACCUCCAGUUCCAGGUUCUCAGGAAUAAAGGCAGCUCAUGUCGCGCGUUUAAUGAUGUGCUUUUCAGACUGGUCGGUGGAUGGUGUGCGCGCGCGCUCCUGGACUGUGCUGGCCAACUCCAGCAUGGAGAAGUACGAGAAGAUCGGAAAGAUCGGCGAGGGCUCGUACGGAGUCGUGUUCAAGUGCAGGAACAAAGACACGGGUCAGGUCGUGGCCAUCAAGAAGUUCGUGGAGUCCGAGGACGAUCCAGUGAUCAAGAAGAUCGCGCUCAGAGAGAUCCGCAUGCUGAAGCAACUCAAGCACUGUAACCUGGUGAACCUGAUAGAAGUGUUCCGGAGGAAGCGGAAGCUGCACCUGGUGUUCGAAUACUGCGACCACACAGUCCUAAACGAGCUCGAUAGAUACCCCAGAGGAGUUCCAGAGCACCUGGUUAAAAGCAUCACCUGGCAAACUUUGCAGGCUGUUAACUUCUGCCAUAAACAAAACUGUAUCCACAGAGACGUGAAGCCAGAGAAUAUUCUAAUCACCAAACAUCAGGUCAUCAAGCUCUGCGACUUUGGGUUCGCAAGGAUCCUCACUGGGCCGUGUGAUUAUUAUACAGACUAUGUGGCUACGCGGUGGUACCGCGCUCCGGAGCUGCUGGUGGGGGACACUCAGUAUGGCCCUCCGGUGGAUGUAUGGGCAGUGGGCUGUGUGUUUGCUGAGUUGCUCUCUGGCUCCCCCCUGUGGCCUGGCAAAUCUGACGUAGACCAGUUAUAUCUCAUCAGGAAAACAUUGGGUGAUUUGAUCCCCAGGCAUCAGCAGGUGUUCAGCAGUAACCAGUUUUUCAGUGGAGUUUGUGUUCCUGAACCACAGGAAAUGGAGCCUCUGGAGCAGAAGUAUCCAAACAUCUCCUACCAGGCACUGAGUCUGAUGAAGGGCUGUUUGCGCAUGGACCCUGCUGAGAGGUUAACGUGUGAGCAGUUGUUGGAGCACCCAUACUUUGACAGUCAGAGAGAGGAGACAGAGAGUGCCACACGGGAACUGGAGAGAGCGAGGAGACGAGCACAACGCCAACCCCGCAAACACCUUCCCCCGGGGUACUUACCUCAGCUGACCGGCAGCAGUAUCUUCCCAGCUGUGGACAACAGGAAAUACUACAACAACCUGCGCAAACUCAACUACCACUUUCCCAACAUCUAACACUCGUCACACUGGCAUACACACUCCAGUCUGCCCCCAUAAACACUUAUACAAGUUCAUUUUGACCUUAUUGUGCUGCAGUCUCAGAGACAUAAACACACACACUCCCCAGCACCUGCCCUGGUCUGCCCACUCUCAGGAAAAGAAGGCCCAGAGGUGACUUUGCUGAGUGAAAACACCUCACUCAGGGAAUCUCUGUGAUACAGCAGGUGUGUGUGGAGGAAAGACUGACUGCAGAGAGAAGACUCUGCACCACUGAACUGCAGCUAUACUGUCAGUCUAUGCACUGCUGUAUUCACCCAAUGUAUCUUACUGUUACUGCAUAUGACUGUUCAGACUGUGUCUGUACUCCGAGCGUGUGUGUGUGUGUGUGUGUGUGUGUGUGUGUGAGAUAGACAAGGAGCCUUGCUCUGCAUGUAGAUACACUGAUCUGAGUGCAACACUGCCUUUCUGAUUGCCAAAGUGCUGUGAGAGAGAAUCACACAUGGUAAAACUGUAAUAACGACCCUGUUAAGUGUGAGACUAACACAGCUGUAGAGAAUACAAGUAAACUAUUAAGGGUAUUUUAAAAAUGACAGCUAUAGGAAUCUGAUGAUUCCUCUUAUUUUUGUGUUUAUUUUGUACUGUUUUUCUAUCUCAUUCAGUCUCUCUGUACUGUUAAAAUCCCUGUGACAGAUGCAGAGCAGGAGAACAGACAUGUUCCUUCUCCAUAUUCACUGUCUGUGAGCCUAAUCAUAACUUUUUUAUUCUAAUUUUAAAUCCUCAACAUGUUAAUUUCGGUGUGAAUUACUGUGAAUUUCUGAUUCACAAAAUCUUAUGAUUGAUUUAAAAUGUAAUUUGAAUUUUUUGCUGACAGGACACUUUUAUUAGGCCUUAAUUCAACAACAUUGUAAACUAGUGCUAAUGAUUUCCUAGCCACUGACUUGCACCUAAUGCCAAACCUCUGAGACACAAGCCCAUCCCCAGCCCUCUUUCCACUCUCAUAGCCCUCUAACUCACUUUCUUUCCCUCUGUUCCUCUGUGUAAGUAGCCUUGUGUGAUAUUUUGUGACUUGCGGGUGCUUUUUCAAGAGGAUGAGUUUAAUAGAGUAGAGGAGUCAGGAUGGGAAAAUGACAUUCUCUCUCUCUCUCUCUUUUUUUUAAAGUAGAUCUAAUAAAGAAAUAAAGAUCUUUCAGCA